ACACUUACAUUUGCCAGCUGAGAUUUUGUACACAUUUUUCUACUUCAUCAGAAAAAUCUUACUUGUGCAAAGUUGAACUACAUAAUUAGUUACAAAUUUUCCUAAGUUUUUUGAAGGUAUAAGAAUAAUUCAAUCAAAAUGAUGUCCACCAUGCACCCAUCUUCAUCUUCACUCAUAAGUGAGGAAAGUAUCCUGCAAACCUUGCAGACCGCUUUGGAUCAGGCUCCACAAGAAUUUAAAGAGGCCGCACCUACCCUCGUCGCUAACCUUACAGCACUUGCAAAUACUGGAAUCGUCGCCUUGAAAACAUUACCAUUCGUCGCAAUUCUGAAGCAUUGCGAAGAUUCGAGUCAAGUUAUGUCUAUCUCCAAUGCUACCGAGGUUGUCAGGAGCACUCAGCACGUGUCCGUGAUAUCAAACAAUCAAGAAGCUAUCUGCAUAGCACUGACAAGCAACACCGUCGCCCCGAAGGAAAUCACGGACGGUAUCCGCCACAAGUUGGGCGGAAUGGGAAAUGGAAUGUUGGCUUGCUCCCUUGUAUUCGGUGUGGUCCAAGUCGCCAUUACGUCAUAUUCAUUGUGGAAUAUUUGGCAAGCUAUUAAAAACGCUAGAAAUGUGGGUAGGCGGUGUCCUCAGAAAAUGCAAGAAAUUCAGAAUAUGCUCGACAGAAUUCCUCCCAUGUUCCAACACCUGAAUGAAAUUAUUGUCAAACUGAGAAGGGAAGGUUUGACCCAACGCGAGAUCACUUUCAUUCACGCAGAUUUUGACGGAAUUCACGGUGCCAUUAACGACGACUUGACAGAAAUUCUGACAGAAAUUAGCGACCUUGAAGUCAUCAUCGGGACGAGUCACAUUAAACUAGCUCAAUGUCGCAAACAAGUCGUUAUUAAUGGAAUUGGUGGUGCUUCCAGUGGUAUUUCUGGGUUUGCUAAUGUUGGUCUACUUGCUACAUUUAGUAAUCCAGUAUUAUUAGGAAUUACUGGAGUACUAGCAGGAAUUAAUAUUUUGCUGGCAGUUGCGUGUGCAACCAGGUAUUUCUGUUCGGAAAAGGAGUUGGAGCUGUUGGCGAAUAAGUUGGAAGAGGUCAAGGCUUUUCGAAGAGAUAUUGCAAAUUGGCAGCGUGACCUGAGAACUAAGCGACUCGAAGUUUUGAGUGAGAUUCGUAAAGCUACUGCUGCUAUUCCUGAAUAAAAUUAGCACAUUUUAUUCGAAAUCUUGGGACCCACUAAAUGUGUACAGAAUGUAUGAAAGUUAUACAUACAUAUAUGCACGUACAUACCACGCAUAUAUAUAACUAUUGUACUACUAUACUAUUUGUAGAUCAACGUUGUUUUUGUUUUUACACAUUCCAGUUUUUAAUAAUGUCCGCUAAUAUUCAUAGUCUGAAAAAAAUCUGAGAGGUUUCCUGGCAGAUUAUUUCAUAAUAUUUUCAAAAACAAAAUAACGUCUGAGAAAAUUUUCCAAGGAAUUGAGACUAUUAAUAUCGGCUGAACAGUAAUGUUCUGUAUUACACAAUAGGUAUAUGCAAAUUGUACAUAAAUAAUUAUUUAAUUUUUUGCGCACAACUAUCAAUUAAUCCAUUAUCCCAAUCAAUUAUGUAUGUAAAUUCAUACAUAUGGUAUCUAUUUUACAGACGAGUAAAAAAUAUUUUUUAAGAGAUUCUCGGCAAUUCGCCCG